AUGUCCCAAAAGCAGGUUGGCUGCCCCCCUGGCGAGGAUGCAGUUGAUUGGUGCCUGUAUCAGCUCAAUGGAACGGCACAGUUUGAGGUCUCCGAAGCUGAUAUUAUUUCUACAGUUGAGUUCAAUCACACUGGAGAACUACUGGCUACUGGGGACAAGGGAGGUCGGGUUGUUAUAUUCCAAAGGGAACCUGAGAGUAAAAAUGAGCCUUACAAUCAGGGGGAGUACAAUGUUUACAGCACGUUCCAGAGCCAUGAGCCUGAAUUUGAUUAUUUGAAGAGUUUGGAGAUAGAGGAAAAAAUAAACAAGAUCAAGUGGCUACCACAGCAGAAUGCAGCCCACUCCCUUCUGUCAACAAAUGAUAAAACUAUCAAAUUAUGGAAAGUUACUGAACGAGAUAAGAGACCAGAGGGAUACAACUUAAAAGAUGAAGAAGGGAAACUUAAAGAUCUGUCUACCGUAACAUCACUACAGGUGCCUGUAUUGAAACCUAUGGAUUUGAUGGUAGAAGUCACCCCCAGGAGAAUCUUUGCUAAUGGUCACACCUAUCAUGUCAACUCAAUUUCUGUCAACAGCGACUGUGAGACAUACAUGUCAGCUGAUGAUCUCAGGAUUAACCUCUGGCACUUAGCAAUCACAGACCGGAGUUUCAAUAUUGUAGAUAUAAAGCCAGCCAACAUGGAGGACUUGACGGAAGUGAUUACUGCAUCCGAGUUUCAUCCCCACCAUUGCAAUCUCUUUGUCUACAGCAGCAGCAAAGGAUCCUUGAGACUCUGUGACAUGAGGGCAUCAGCCCUCUGUGACAAACAUUCCAAACUUUUUGAAGAACCGGAAGACCCCAGUAACAGAUCGUUUUUUUCAGAAAUUAUCUCUUCAGUGUCGGAUGUUAAAUUCAGUCACAGUGGCCGAUAUAUGCUAACAAGGGAUUACCUCACUGUCAAAGUUUGGGAUCUGAACAUGGAAACGAAGCCUAUAGAAACAUAUCAGGUCCAUGAUUACCUUAGGAGCAAGCUGUGUUCCCUUUAUGAAAAUGACUGCAUCUUUGACAAGUUUGAAUGUGCAUGGAAUGGAUCAGACAGUGUUAUUAUGACAGGUGCAUAUAACAACUUCUUUCGAAUGUUUGACCGAAACACCAAGCGGGAUGUUACCUUGGAGGCAUCCCGGGAGAGCAGUAAGCCACGAGCCAUUCUAAAACCCCGCCGAGUCUGCGUAGGGGGCAAGCGAAGGAAAGAUGACAUCAGUGUCGACAGUUUGGACUUUACGAAGAAGAUCUUGCACACAGCCUGGCACCCAACUGAGAACAUAAUUGCUAUAGCAGCGACAAACAAUCUGUACAUAUUUCAGGAUAAAGUGAACUCAGAAAUGCACUAG